CAACUACAGGAUCGGAAUAUCAAAAUACAAUCAUGUGGCUGAAAAUCACUUGGUACAUGAAUACACCAAAAUAUUGGUACGGUCCGUAUGGAGCAUCUGGAGUCAUAAGAAGAAGGUGGGGGUAGUGAGAAAAAAAAGGAGGUGCAAGUAAAGUAUCCUGUUCUUAAGGCACAAACCCACACCUUGUCUCUCCUGUUACAACGCUGGGAAAAAAACACCAGAAACUCUCUUUCUAGAAAUGGAAGAGGAGUUGCCCAAUCUUCCCGAUGGGAUCAUCUUCGACAUACUCUCAAGACUACCCGUCAAGCCUCUGUGCCGUUUCAAGUUGGUUUCCAAGCCAUGGCUCGCUCUAAUCACCGAACCCCACUUCAUCAAAUCUCACCUCACUCAAUCAAUGAAAAACAACACAAACCAGAAGCUAAUCAUCGCCUCACCCACUUCUCACUCAGUCUAUUCCGUAGACUACCAACCGCCCGACCACACCAUUGCCGACCUCGAAGUGCCCUGUACGUCUAAGGUUGAGAUUAUGGGUUCAUGCAAUGGAGUUAUACUCUUAGGAACUGGAGAUGAAUUAUGUUUGUGGAACCCAUCAAUCAGAAUGUACAGAAAAUUUUCACAACCCGAGUACCCACGUGGGGAGUUUAGGGUGUAUGGGCUUGGUUACGACUCUGUUAGUGAUGAUUUUAAGGUGGUUAGGAUUCUUAUGCCUGAAAGUAAUGACCCUUGUGAUGUUCAUAUUUUCACUUCUAAACUUAGUUCAUGGAAGCAGAUUGGAGACAUUGAUUACAGCCUUUAUCAAGAAGGGAAUGGGGCUGUAGUGAAUGGGAUGCCCCAUUGGCUCUGGAUACGCGGCACCGAUGGAAGUUUGUUGGUUUCGAGUAAGAUGAUUCUUGCUGUUGAUACUACUGAGGAGAAAUUCAAAGAGGUGCCGCAGCCUAAUUGUGAAUGUUGGGAUAAACAUAUUGACUUGGGGUUUUUGAGCGAAUGGCUGUGUGUGGUUCAGUAUCAUCAGGAUGGUACUGACGUUGUUUGGGUCAUGAAGGAAUACGGCGUCAAGGAAUCUUGGACCAAGUUGUUUGUCGUGCCGAAUGGCCUUUGCAGAUUCUUCAUGCCUCUGUGUCAUGCAAAGGAUGGAGGCGUUGUUAUGGUGUUGGAAGCGAAGGAGUUAGGCAUCUACAACCCGAAAGAGAAUAGCUACGCGUGCAUUGGGAUCCCUCCGGAUUGCGUGGGCGGUUUGAUGGCUUCAUGUGUUGAGAGUCUUCUUUCACCUCAUGGUGGCAAUCGCGCUAAAAGGCGAUGGAUAUGGAAGAGAAAGAGGUAAUUCCGAUGAUUCCAUUCGUUUCCAACAUACUUUCUCUUUGCAUAUCUAGUUCGAAAAUAUUUAUGCUAUUCUCUUGAAUAUGUUGGCAAAACUAUCUUUUAGAAUGAUAGCUAUCAAAAAUC